AUGAUGCCAUUUACGGCGCCACCCUCGUCCGGUCGCAAACGAAGAGCGGAGGCGCACAGUCUUGUGGAAAUGUGCCUGACGAGCGGUCGGCGGGCCUUCCUGUCAUUCGUAUGGGCUGCAAAUCUUCUGCGGUCCCCAAAGCGGCGCCGGAUGGUCGGCGGAAAAGUUCCAUGGUGUUGCUUUAACACGCUGCAGCAUCGCUACCUCCACCAGGCAGUAAUCAAAGCUUCGAAGACAUCACGCGCCGCCAGCUGUGUGGCAGCCGCGCGCACCGGCGACCGGUCAAUGCCGACGCGGCGCCCUCGGCUUGAGCGUGAUGCUUCACCCACCCUCGAAAGUCUGAAAGACUCGGUCCGUACUACUCUUGCUACACAAACAUCCGACGUCGCAGCACUGAGCCAUAGCGGCUUGCAACUCAGCGACGCUUCAGCUGGUGCUUCCUCUUCCCUAACCGAAGUACCUUGCCAGCCUCCAGCCUCCGUCCCCCUUCCAGAGGUUUUCCCACAUGAAAGCGAUAUGAGUGCCGAUGGUUCGUGGCGGGACUCCCUAGGUCCGGGGGAGGCCAGGGAGCUUCCCGCAGCGCUGCUAGUGGCUAGAGCCGGCACUCCGCUACUGUCGGCAUAUCAGGCCCGACGGCCAAAGCCAAAGCCCUCGACUUGCGUGGCAGCGACACCGGUCGGCCCGGCGACCAACCUCCAGCCUCUCCACGCAUCCGAUCUGGCCCGACUGCUGGGAAACAACACCUGGCUGAAUGACGAAGUAAUCAACUUCUACAUGCUUCUGAUAACGGGUCCCGCAUCGUCGCGGAAGCAAGCGGUGGUAUCUGCCGUCGCGGCGGCGGCCAGCAACCGCGGCGCUGCCGCGGCGGCGGCUGCAGCUGUAGCGGCGGCUGGGCUGGGCGCAGUGGCGGCGGCGGGCGCGAAGCGGCGGGCUACACAGCAGCGGAAGGAGUCGAUGUGUACGGCAAUUGAGGGGGACCCAGCGGCGCCGUCUGAGGCCGUGUGUGUGGGUACGGUAGCAGCUGCGGUGGCGGCGCCGCCGCCGCCGCCGGCGAUAGCAAGUUCUAAGGCUCUGGAAGUCCCGCCGGCGCCGCCAGGAGACUUUCCAAGCCUCGGGGGCGGGCACAUACUAUUGCCGCCGCCGCCGCUUCAGCAACCGCAGCAACAGCAGAAUCUUCAGCCUAAGAAGCGGUUGUGCUCCGUCUUUGCAUUUAACAGCUUCUUUUUUAGCACCUUAACUGGAAGGGGUAACCGCAAGUGCUUCAAGUACGAUGAUGUACGACGGUGGACUCUGCCAUCCCGUACAUAUACGGCGGACUGCGUGUCGUCCCGGGACCUGCUGUUGUUCCCAAUCAACCACGGCAACUGUCAUUGGUGUCUGGCCGCCAUCUGGCCGCGACAGCGGCUGGUGCAGUACUUUGACAGUUUGGGGGAAACCCGAGGGACUGCGGACUGGGUGAUGAGUACAUUGGUGCGCUGGCUGGUGAAGGAUCUGGAGGAUAAGGGGGUGACCCGUGGGUCAGUGGUACGGGAGGAGGAGGCCAAGGCGGUGGCGGCGAAAGACGCGGCAGCGCCCCCUGGCGGUGCAGCGGCAGCGGCAGCGGCAGCGGCAGCGGCGGGCCCCGGUCGAAGGAGAAGAGCUCAUGCAGGGUCAGCGGAGGGUGUGGCGGCGGAUGCGACGCUCGACCACAGCAGCUGCGGUGUGUUUGCGUGCGCCUUUGCGGAGCUGUUGGCGCGGGGAGUGCCGCCCGCCGCGUUCCGGUUCUCGCAGCCACCAUGCAUCGAGACUCCCAAGAACCCCAAAGAAGGAGUCAACAUCAACAUGACGAACCGGAUGAAAGACAAUGCAUACACCGCAAUCAAAGCCAUUGUGCCAUAUCCACGUAUCAAGUAG